ACCUGAUCGAAUCAUGGGUUUUGAUAUCCAAUCGGACAAACCAAACUCACCCAUUCCCACCGGCCACCAACCACCGUCUGCCACCGUGACAGCCGGAACGAUCCCCAUAACCAACCAAUCAAUCACCACUUCCGCCACAAACCACAAAAAACUCACUCUCAUCCCACUCAUCUUUCUAAUCUACUUCGAAGUCGCCGGUGGCCCCUACGGCGAAGAACCAGCAGUAAAGGCGGCCGGUCCGCUGCUAGCCAUCCUCGGAUUCCUCAUCUUCCCCUUUAUAUGGAGUAUCCCGGAGGCUCUCGUCACCGCAGAACUUUCCACCACCUUCCCCGGCAACGGCGGUUUCGUUAUCUGGGCCCACAAAGCAUUCGGUCCCUUCUGUGGUUCUUUGAUGGGUAGCUGGAAAUAUCUCACAGGUGUUAUCAAUAUCGCAGCAUUCCCGAUUCUCUGCAUCGAUUACAUGGAGAAAUUGUUUCCGAUCUUCUCCUCCGGCUUACCUCGAACUCUAGCAAUCUUGUUCUUCACCCUCUUCUUAUCUUUCGUCAACUAUACUGGCCUGAAUAUAGUCGGUUUUGCCGCAAUCACUCUCGGAAUCAUCUCUCUUUUCCCCUUCAUUCUCAUGUCACUUAUCGCCAUCCCGCAAAUCCGGCCACACCGGUGGUUAAGUWUGGGSCAAGWGGGUGUYAARAAAGACUGGAACUUGUWCUUYAAUACCCUUUUYUGGAACUURAAUUUCUGGGACASCGUMAGUACSAUGGCCGGWGAAGUCGAAAAMCCAAAMAAGACUUUCCCRWCRGCACUSUUYUYYKCCGUGAUCCUGACUUGYUUAGCUUAYAUAMUCCCUCUSRURGCSGUCACWGGGGCUGUUWCGGURGAUCAAAACSAWUGGGAAUCAGGGUUCAUGGCKGUKGCKGCAGAGAUGAUMUCRGGUAAAUGGUUAAAGAUUUGGAUCGAGAUCGGAGCUGUGCUAUCAGCAGUAGGUUUAUUCGAAGCCCAAUUAAGCAGCUGUGCUUAUCAACUUCUGGGUAUGGCGGAUUUAGGUUUUCUGCCCAAGUUCUUCGGUGUUAGAUCAAAAUGGUUCGAUACUCCAUGGGUGGGGAUCUUGAUAUCAACUUUGAUUACAGUGGGUUUUUCUCAUAUGGAUUUUACAGAUAUAGUAGCUUCAGCAAAUUUUAUAUAUAGUCUAGGGAUGUUGUUGGAGUUUGCAUCGUUUGUAUGGCUACGGAGGAAGUUUCCGACACUGAAACGGCCGUACAGGGUGCCAUUGGGGAUCCCUGGGCUAGUGGUGAUGUGCUUAGUUCCGUCGGCAUUCUUGGUGCUGAUAAUGGUGAUUGCUACAAAGAUUGUGUUCUUGGUGAGUGGGUUGAUGACGGUUGGUGCUGUUUUAUGGUAUUUCUUGAUGAAUUAUUGCAAAUCAGAAAAAUGGUUUGUUUACGCAAAUGGGAAUGAAAUUGAAGUUGAAGAUUUGCAAUCUUGACUCUUUCCUUGGGGAAUGAACAGAUCUUGGUUGGUGGGGUCAAUGAGGUGGCGUCAUGGUUGGCUGAGGUCUAGUGGGUUUAUAGGAUCCGAGUCUAAUUUGUUCGACUCAUCAUAUCGUAGUAUUGCGUGUACAUAAUGAUCAAGUUUUUUUCUAAUUCUUAUGCAAAGGAUAAACUUGUAAUUUACAUCAUUCAGAAAAUUUUAGAAUAGAGACAACUUUACGAUUCUAUCACAAUAGAUUCCUUGUCAUUGUGUAACACCUCAAAAUAGGGUCGAGAUGUAAUGGUCGGUUCAAAUGAGGUCAUCAAGAAAGACCUAAUUGUAAUUAAUUGAAACAUGUGAUCUAAAUGU